AUGUCUUCGCAAACCUCAACAGACAACAUACUUCAACCAACAGCUCCCACCACACCCUCGUUUAUUCAACCCCAACAUCAAUUCAUCUCAAUCAAACUCACAGAUUCAAACUAUCUUCUCUGGAAACAACAAACUCACAGUGCAAUCAUUGGCUAUGGGUUAGAGAACUUUAUUGAUGCUGAAUAUGAACCACCACAAAAGUUCAUCUCUGAUGAGAACACAUCUCAGCUUCUUCUCAACCCUGCCUAUGCAGCAUGGCUCAGGCAAGGUCAGCUACUCCUAUCAUGGCACUUGUCCUCAUUGACUGAAAAUCAUCUCAUUAUGAUGGAAAGUAAGAAUACAUCUAAAGAUGUGUGGCUGUCCGUGGAAGCAAACUUCUCUCGCUUCUCAAAGGCAAGAUUGAUGCAUCAUAAGCUACAACUUCAAACCCUUAAAAAGGGUUCCAGCACCAUGAGAGAGUUUCUAGGGAAAAUUAAAGAAUGUUGUGAUGCUCUUGGCAUAGCAUGUGAACCUGUCACUGACCAAAAUCAAAUCCUAUACAUUCUUGCUGGCCUUGGCACAAAAUACAACCCUGCAGUGGUGGCUGUUACCUCUAGAGUGGAGCCUUACACACUCAAUGAGGUCUAUACUAUGCUCUUAAGUCUAGAAUCAAGACUUGAGGUUGGAGUUCAAAGCAUAGUAAAUCCUGAUGGAUCUCUGCCCAGUGUCAACCUCACAUCUAGCACAUCCAUCAAUCAGAAAACCAACUCAAACUUUUCUAUACCUACACAAACCCAAAGGGUUCUUUCUCUCAGAGGGGUAGAGGCCGGUCAAACAACUACAGAGGCAGGGGUGGCCGUGGCUACAGGAACAACAAGAACAGGCCUUCUUACCAACUAUGUGGCCUCAACAAUCAUUCAGCUGAGAGGUGCUAUCAUAGGUAUGAUUCUACAUAUCCAGCCCCCACCACCAUGCAAGCCACAGCUCAAAACUAAGGACAACAUCCACCUCUUCAGUCACUGCCUUCACACCUCAAUGCUUUAG